CAGCUGGGGGCGCUAAAGGUUCACAAAAGAAGAGCGCGUGACUGAAACCAGGAAGUAGGUCGAUGCUUUUUUUUUGCCGAUGGAGGAAAGUGCGACUGAAAACACUCCCAAAACGUUCAAAUGUCAGCUGUGCGGUUUAAGCACUCCGUUCACCUACUACGGUCAGAAACCACCGAACACCAGAGCCAUUGUGCUUCUUGAGGAAUGUUUUGUCACCAGAGAUCCCUUCAGUCCUGAUAAAGAGAAGUUUCUUGUGUUAGGAUCCACCUGCAGCCUGUGCGGAAUGUGCGUCUGUGUCGGAUCGGACUGCAGUCUCUUCUACACCAAGAGGUUCUGCAUGCAGUGCGUCAGCAAACACCUGGACCAGUUUCCCCGUCAGAUUCAGGCCGAGCUGGCAAAGAAGAGCUCCAAGACAGCUGCUGUGUGACCCGAAGAGAUCAGGAAAUGCUCACCGGUCAGAGAAGGUCUCAGCAGCCGCCUUCAUGGCAGUAAAACAGGUGUUUACCACACAAGGGACGUAAAGAAAUGAGGAACCAAAAUGACAUUUUUUGGAGGAGAUUUGUGUCGUUUACAGUACAUUUGCAGCCCGUGAGGAAUAUUAAGCCGCUGUGUGGUUCAUAUAAAGUUCUCCCAGUGAGUGAUGCUCUCACAGACAGGAAGACUGAUGCUGCCGGAGUUGUCUGGAAGAAUGUACGUAUCUCGACAGGCGGAGCUCUUCCCUGCUGGCUUUGCUUGGCUCAGCAGCAGAUUUAGUGUUGGGACUGUUCUGAAAUGGAUGGAGCUCAGAGCUCAGCGGUGAUACAGUCAUCAUUUGUGGAGUGAAAACAGUUUGUUUCAACACUAUUCCAGUAUCUGGUCGGUAAAAUCUGCAUUUCUGAAAAACAACAUCUGUUUUGCUUUUAUUUUGUAGCACUCGUGGGUGAUAUUAAAUUGGAAAACAUCAGCACCAGCUGAGAAAUAAACUGAUUUUCUGUAUCCCAGA